ACCGUGUAUUCGUGUUGACUGUUGACCACGCAUAUGAACGUCCUCUGAGUUCUCUAUCAUAGUGUGAGUACUGACAUUUUGUUGUCUAGGUCCGUACUAAAUUUCCGAUGAUACGAGUGUCCCACUUGUGAUUUCCCAUCAAUUCAGACUUUGUGGAGGAUCAGCUUAGCUCUACAUAACGGACUUGGGGCACGCUCAUACUACGGCUUAUUUUAUCUCUACUUAUAGAUGUAGCAUUGGUUAUAACUGUGUCCUCUAUCACGAUGCUCAACCCGGCAUUUCCGAUUUUCUUUCUGAUAUGCAGUGCUUUCGUACUCUUGACACUCGUCACGUUUUCCGUCCCGUUUAUUUCCUCAUUUUACUUUUUGCACUCGUCGGUUGCUGGGGGUAUAAAAUAUGGUAUCUGGGGUUGGUGUUUAGAUGUUGAUGAUUCAUGUUCACCGAAACAGUUCGGGUAUCACGAAGACCCUGAAUUGGUUCCUAUCCUGAUCAAGCUACAUGUUCUUUUCCCUAUAGCUGCUGGCUUCGCCCUUCUAGCUUCAUUAAAUCUGAUUCCAGUUGUAUGCUCACGAUAUCGGGAACUUUACCCCUUCACGCUUUUUGCCGUCCUCUCCUUUCUGGCGUUUGUCUCUUCGUUGGCUGGAUUCGCCGUGUCAAUUGCAACUUGGACCAUUGCGCUCGACCGCUUCCAUCGUGACGGAUUUCAGGCCUCGUUUGGGCCUCUGAUUUGGAUGUCACUUGCGGCUACAGUCAUUCUCCUUCUUGUCGCUCUCAAUGCAGUAUGCGGCAUGCUGUGGAGCGCUAGUGGUGGUCGACGCUCAUCUCGCAUCAUCUACACAUACUAGCAAACGUAGAAUGUCUUUGUCUGCUUUAACCCUGUCUACUGUGAUACCUUUUAGGAAGACAUCGCUGGCUCUUCCUUUACCC